GAGUGACGUCACCGCGCUGCGCCCUGUCAGGGGCCGCCAUUGUCCACCGGUAGGCCCCAGGUGUGGGUCCCCGGCGCCAUGAGCAAACGCAAGGCGCCGCAGGAGACGCUCAACGGCGGCAUCACCGACAUGCUCGUGGAACUCGCAAACUUUGAGAAGAACGUGAGCCAGGCAAUCCACAAGUACAACGCGUACAGAAAAGCAGCAUCUGUUAUAGCAAAGUACCCACACAAAAUCAAGAGUGGAGCAGAAGCUAAGAAGUUGCCUGGAGUAGGAACAAAAAUUGCUGAAAAGAUUGAUGAAUAUUUGGCAACUGGAAAAUUGCGUAAACUUGAAAAGAUUCGUCAGGAUGAUACGAGUUCGUCCAUCAAUUUCCUGACUCGAGUUACUGGCAUUGGUCCAUCUGCUGCAAGGAAGUUUGUAGAUGAAGGAAUUAAAACAUUAGAAGAUCUCAGGAAAAAUGAAGAUAAACUGAACCAUCAUCAACGAAUUGGGCUGAAAUAUUUUGAGGACUUUGAACAAAGAAUCCCCCGUGAAGAGAUGCUGCAGAUGCAAGAUAUUGUACUUAGCGAAGUUAAAAACGUGGAUUCUGAAUACAUUGCUACAGUCUGUGGCAGUUUCAGACGAGGUGCAGAGUCCAGCGGAGACAUGGAUGUUCUUCUGACCCACCCAAACUUCACGUCAGAGUCAAGCAAACAGCCCAAGUUGUUACAUCGCGUUGUGGAGCAGUUACAGAAAGUCCAUUUCAUUACGGACACACUGUCAAAGGGCGAAACAAAGUUUAUGGGUGUUUGCCAGCUUCCCAGCAAAAGUGAUGGAGAGGAAUAUCCACACAGAAGAAUUGACAUCAGGUUGAUCCCCAAAGAUCAAUAUUACUGUGGUGUUCUCUACUUCACCGGGAGUGACAUCUUUAAUAAGAAUAUGAGAGCUCACGCCCUGGAAAAGGGCUUCACAAUCAACGAAUACACCAUCCGCCCCUUGGGGGUUACUGGAGUUGCUGGGGAGCCCCUUCCAGUGGACAGCGAGCAGGACAUUUUUGAUUACAUCCAGUGGCGAUACCGGGAGCCCAAGGAUAGAAGUGAAUGAGGCCAACCCCCCUCUCCCACCCGCCAUAUCCCCCUAGGAGUCCUAAUUUAUUUCUUAACCUUUGCUAUGUAAGGGUUUUGGUGUUUUUAAGUGAUUGCUUUUUCUCUGUGCUUACCGUGUACUGUAAUCAAUAAACGUCUUGAGCUGUU